AAUUACGAACCAGGCUAUACGGCACCUUCUAAGAAGCUACAGCACGCCGAUCCAGGUGUCACCAUUAGGGAUAGUCUGCAAAUCCUGAGAACCGAGCAAGAAGAGGCGGCGCCACCGGCUUCGCCGCCCGCGGAUGGCGGCGCGUCGGACUCCGCCUGCUCCACCACCGCUGACCGUGGUGCCUCCUGUUGUAAAUCGGUUGCUCUCACGUUUACAUUAGUAUUGUUGGUGAGACAUUUCUAUGAUGUGGUUGCCGUUGGUACUGCAGACUACCCAUUUACACUAGCCACUGUGCUUCUUUUAAGAGCGAGUGGAAUUAUUUUUCCCAUGUACGUAUUGAUUCAAACGAUCACAGCCAUUCAAAACAGCAUUCGUCGACAUCGGUAUCGGUAUCGAUAUCAGGGUUCUGAUGAUGAUGAUGAUAUUUCAAGCUUUGAAGAUGAGAGAAGGCUGCAUCAUAUUGUCUAGGCUUUAUACAGACACUCAAUAUUUGUUACCUUUUUUUUUUUUUUAAAUCAAUAUAUCAUAUAUUAUUCAUUUUGUCAA